UUUAUGGCUAUUUCAAAGGUAUUCUUCUGCUUAUUCUUGGUCUUCCUUCUAAGCAUUUUCUUUAACUCUGCAUUUGUUGCAUCUUCAUCGGACUCCUCCGAUACCAUUUGCAACCUCACACCAUAUCCAUCAUUCUGCGAAUCUAACUCACCGUAUGGCCAUGGUGACAUACACGAAUAUGGUCGUUUUUUCGUAGACAAAUCCUUGUCAUCCUCAAAGAAGAUUCUCUCGUUACUCUCUCAAUACCUUAAAUCGCCACCCAAGUUCUCAAACUCCACAAUCUUUGCCAUUCAAGAUUGUUACCUUCUAGUUGAUCUAAACAAGCGUUUUUUGUCCAAGACCCUAAAAACCAUCAAUUCCACUGAUGCCCUCGGUGGCUCAGAAGCUGAAAAGUUCCACACUUUUCUUAGUGCUACACUGACCAACCAAGAAACUUGCUUAAACAGCCUUCAAGAAACCACGUCAAACCCCGACAAAGACCUACAAACGCAUCUUUCCAAUGGAACCAAGCUUUAUAGCAUAUCUCUUGCAAUCUUCAAGAGGGGAUGGAAAGCCAAGAACAACACAGAGAGAAAACUUGAAAGAAAUUAUCACAUCAUGUGGGAACAGAAGCUGUACGAGCUAAUCAGAAGAAAAGGAAGAAAACUUCUUCAGUUGGGUGCAGACAACGUUGUAGUUAACCAAAGUGUGGUGGUGAGCCCAGACGGUUCUGGAAACUAUACGACAAUCAAUGAUGCAGUGGCUGCUGCUCCAAAUAACUCACAGGGUAGUAACGGGUUUUUCGUGAUUCAUGUGGUCGGUGGAGUGUAUGAAGAGUACGUUUCCAUUCCCAGACAGAAGCAGUACCUGAUGAUGAUAGGAGAUGGAAUUAACCAGACCAUAAUCACGGGCAAUCACAGUGUGGUUGAUGGUUGGACUACUUUCAAUUCUGCUACAUUCGCCGUGACUGCUCAAGGUUUUGUGGCAAUCAACAUAACAUUUCGCAACACAGCAGGAGCGAUUAAGCACCAAGCAGUAGCCCUCAGAAGCGGAGCGGACUUGUCUGCAUUUUACAAUUGUAGCUUUGAAGGGUACCAAGACACGUUGUACACCCAUUCUCUUCGCCAAUUCUACAGAAACUGUGAUAUUUAUGGUACAGUGGACUUCAUAUUUGGUAAUGCAGCAGCGGUCUUGCAAAACUGUAACAUCUACCCUAGACUCCCAAUGCAAAACCAAUUCAAUGCCAUUACUGCACAGGCUAGGACUGACGUCAACCAAAAUACUGGAACCUCCAUACACAAUUGUACCAUAACAGGGGCGAGUGACUUGGCCGGAAGUAAUGGCACCACAAAAACGUACCUGGGAAGACCCUGGAAGCAAUAUUCACAAACAGUUUAUGUGCAGUCUUUCAUGGACAGUUUGAUAGAUCCACUGGGUUGGGUAGCUUGGUCGGGGGACUUUGCUUUGGACACCCUUUAUUAUGCGGAAUUUGAUAAUCGUGGGCCUGGAUCUGAUACCAGUAAUAGGGUUACUUGGCCUGGGUACCAUGUGAUCAAUGCUACAGAUGCAGUUAAUUUUACAGUUUCUAAUUUCAUACAAGGUGGUUUCUGGCUGCCUGCAACAGGACUACCUUACUCUCCUGAUUUACUUACACCUUAGCAAAUGCAAAAAACUUAAAUUGGUUUUGUUUUGUUCUUUUUUUCUUUCUUAUUGUUCUCCUUGAUGUUGUAAUCUUAUCACUCUUUUUGUUCU